CUUCCGGGUGGGAGGGAAGGCGCGAGCUGCGCGGGGUCGCCAUGGCGAGCAAUGCCGCCAGUCUCAACGCCGUGCGGGAGACCAUGGACGUUCUGUUUGAGAUUUCAAGAAUACUAAACACUGGCUUGGAUAUGGAGACGUUGUCUAUUUGUGUGCGGCUUUGUGAACAGGGGAUAAAUCCAGAAGCAUUAUCAUCUGUUAUUAAAGAGCUGCGUAAGGCUACAGAAGCUCUAAAGGCUGCUGAAAAUAUGACAGGCUGACAUGGGAGAAGAUUUCUGUGUGAGAAGAAUGCCACGUUAAAGCUAGUAGGCUUUGAAGAUUGCAACUAUUCAGGCAAAAAAGUGAAAUAAGUGUGUGUGAAGUUUUCAAAAUAUUUCUGUAAUCGUCUUGAAAAGGACAAUGUACAGAAUGGCUUUGAAAAGUUUUUAAGAAGUUCACCAAUAAUCUUGUUACUUGGUACAUUUGUGGCGUAUUUGUGGAUGUAGUGCAAUUAAUUGCUUUUUGGCAUCCAUUUUUUUUAAAACUGUCAGAUACUGCACACAUACUGAACUUGCUAGUGUGUAGCAACAAAUAUUGUUAUAAUGACUAUAACUUGUUUACACAUCCUUUAGAAGUCCUAGUAUGCCUUGGUUUUUAUCUCUUGCUUUAAUGGAGAACUACAUGUACAAUUUUAGCUUUUCAUUAUGGACCACAUAGCGAUGAAGCCCAUCCUGACUUGAAUCAGAGAAAGGGUAGUGGUUCAAGUCUCAAUCUAAAAGUAAGAAAUAAAGCACUUUUGAUAAUGUAGGUGAUGAAUUGUCCUUUUGAUUCAAAUUGUUUUAAGAAAUGUUUUUAACUUUCAUACUAAAGGAACUUGAGUUAUCCAUUCAGAAAUGUAUGUAAAUUUAAAUUGUGGAUUAGAAUCAUAGAAUGGUAGGGGUUGGAAGGGACCUUUAGAGAUCAUCUAGUCCAUCCGCCCUGCAGAAGCAGGUUCACCUAGAUCAGGUCACAUAGGAACAUGUCCAGGCGGGUCUUGAAGACCUCCAAGGAAGGAGACUCCACAACCCCUCUGGGCAGCCUGUGCCACUGCUCCGUCACUCUCACAGUGAAAUAGUUUUUUCUUAUGUUUAAAUGGAAUUUUUGAUGUUCCAACUUCAUCUGAUUACCCUAUGUCUUGUUGCUAGAUACAAUAGAGAAAAGGGAUGCCACAACCUCCUGACAUCCACCAUUUUUAGGUAUUUAUAAGUAUUAAUGAGAUCCCCCUUCAGUCUCCUCUAGACUAAAAAGCCCCAGAUCCCACAGCCUUUCCUCGUAAGGAAGAUGCUCCAGUUCCCUGAUCAUCUUGUUGGCCCUGCGCUCGACUCUCUCCAAAAGUUCCCUGUCCCCCUUGAGCUGAGGAACCCAGAACUGGACACAGGACUCCAGAUGAGGCCUCACCAGGGUGGAGCAGAGAGGGAGCAGAACCUCUCUGGACCUGCUGGCCACGCAUCCCAGGAUGCCAUUGGCCGCCUUGGCCACGAGGGCACAUUGCUGGUUCAUGUUUAGAUGACACUGAAUAUUUUACAGAGUUCAGAUGCAACAUUUAUUACAUUUAUUCUGAUUACUGGACCUAAAAAUAUUCAGACUAUACUAUUACUUCCUAGUCAAAACAUGUAUGAGAAACACAGGAUUUGAUUGAUGUGAAUCAAUGAAUGUUUAGCCAUUUGGUAUAGGAAUGUCUUCUCAUUCAGCACUACAAAUUUUCACUGAUGCCAAAGCAUGUUUAUAGUAUAUACAGUAAGCUGUGCUACUUUGUAGUGAAUAUCCUUGCAUCCAGGAAUUCUACUCAGAAGAAAGUAGUUUCUUGUGUAUUCUUCCUCUGCUGUGGUUUAAGCUUUUCCAGUUUUUUGCUAGCCUGGUUCAAGGUGUAAUGUUAAUGAGACGUUAAGUAACCUCCAAGGUUAAUAGGGUGGAGCACAUUUGGAAAUGAACCUGCAGUCUUAAGCCAAAUGUUCUAUUUGUGUAGGGGAAAAAAACAGUUUACAUCAUAUGCACUCUACAAAAAGCAAUCACGGAGACUAAAAUACUUCAUGUUACUGACAGAACAGAACCAUGCUGGGGGACUUAAAUUGUAUAAUUCUGUACAUUCGUGAAUACUUAAUCCUUUGUAAAUUGGUAUUGUAAUUUAAGAUUUUUGAAAUAAGUUAUCAACAAUGAAAUUUAUCUUAGGAAAUUUGAAAAGUCAGUAAAACAUCAUGAAAAUGCCAGAUCAGAUAGACACAAAUUAACAAUUAGCUUGUCUACUCAGUUUUAUGUAGUCUCAAUGCAACAUGACAAAAUGAGAAAAGAUGGGAGCAUUCUUGCUAUUUUCAGGAGUCACAUCUAAGUUUGUGAGUUCACACUUGUGAAACUUAAAACUAUGAAAGUUUUCUAUAGCAAAUGUGCUCAAAUUGAUGACAAAAUUGUAUUAGUGCUUAUUAAAGUGAUGCUUUUCUGUUGCCAGAUCUGUGGACAAUACAGGAAUUCUAAUCACUUGCUUUGAAAGUCACUCUAUUGAUUACUUUGCAUUUUUGUAUUUCCUGGAGUUUUUCUAACUUAUUAGUUCAGUGUCAGUGAUAUAUCCUUGAAAUGCUCAGAACAGCUUGCAAAUGAGAUAUGAGAAGAAUUUGUAUAUAUUUCUUGAUCAGUCCAGUAAGUCGCACCUAUCAUUUUGCCAUCAAUAAACUUACUGCUUUUAAGCACUUA